UUCUUGCAGUGUACAGAUUUAGUAUUGAACACUGGAUAUGACAUCAUCCUCCAGAGAUUACUGAAUGGGAGGAAGAUGUGUAAAGAUGUGGAGGAGCUACUGAAGCAGAGGGCUAUUGCUGAAGAAAAAUACGGGAAGGAAUUAGUUCAAAUUGCAAGAAAGGCUGGAGGACAAACUGAAAUAAACAAAUUACGAGGAUCCUUUGAUGCAUUAAAACAGCAAAUUGAGAAUAUUGGGAUCUCACAUAUUCAGCUUGCAGCAACUAUGAGGGAAGAACUGCAGAGUUUGGAGGACUUUAGAGAGAGACAAAAGGAACUGAGGAAAAAGUAUGAGACUGCCAUGGAGCGCCUACAAAAGAAUAAAGUUUCCAUGUUCAAGAAGACAAUUGAUUCAAAGAAAAAUUAUGAACAAAAAUGCAGAGAAGCAGAGGAAGCAGAAAUAAACUUUGAGCGUCUGACCAUAUCAGGAAAUCCCAAACAAGUAGAGAAGAGCCAGAACAAGCUAAAACAUUGUAAGGAUGCAGCUACCGAGGCAGAUCAGCUGUAUAAGAACAACAUUACUCUACUGGACAAAGCCCGCAUUGAAUGGGAGACCGAGCAUACAAGCACUUGUGAG